AUGUCUAUUCGGGUCAAAGACUAAUUGCUUUCACCUUAAUUUAAAGAAAUAGAACAAGAAUUGUCAACACAAGAAUGUCGAAAAUUCUCAACUAUUUCAGCUGUUGAAUUUAAUACUCCUGAAACCAAGUAUAGAUCUACAAUUGGACCUAAUAAGAUGGAUAUAUCAAAAGACACAAACUAAAUGCACUAUAGAAAUAGAACGGCUAAAUUUGAGGAUGAACAAUAUAAACUUUAUGAAGAGAUCAAAGCUUUAUUUUUGAAAAGAUAAUCCUUAAACCCAGCACUUUUCGAACCCAAAAUUUUAUUGAAGACUGAAAAUAAUCCAAAGAGAAUUAUGUAUAUUUUAUUAUCUUAAUUUAUUAAUUUUAGCAUUAAAAGAAACCAUGUCGCUCAAUCAGAAUCUAAUUUUUCUGAUUAAGUUAUUAUUGACAAAAUUUAUCUUGCUAAUCAAUAGAGCUUAAAAAAUUUAUUCACAUAUCAAUUUUGA